AUGAAUGGCACUGAUAUCAAAAAAGCUGCCAUCAACAAAGCCAAAGCUGUCGCUCAGGCCGCGAAUGGAAACGGCGGCAAAAAGAGGCGGAAGGGCCAGGACCUGAAGCCCAUUAUCACGACGGAGCAGCAGGCCAGCCAGAAUGCAUCGCCCUCGUCGACAGGGUCCUUUCACUACAAUGUGCAGAAACACGGCCUCUUCCGACUCAACCAGCACAAGAAUCGGGAAAAUACCGCCGACGAAGAGGACUCGGAGGACUACUGCAAGGGCGGCUACCACCCCGUGCAGGUGGGCGAGGAGUACAAGGACGGCAAGUACACCAUUGUGCGCAAGCUCGGGGACAACGCCACGGGCAAGCACGUCGCCCUCAAGGUCGUGCGCUCCGCUGCGCACUACACCGAAACCGCCCUCGACGAGAUCAAGCUGCUGAAGAAGGUCGCCCCCAACGGCGUGCAUGUGUGCAUGGUGUUUGAAGUGCUCGGCGAGAAUCUGCUGGGCCUGAUCAAGAGGUGGAACCACCGCGGCAUACCCAUGCCGCUGGUCAAGCAGAUCACUAAGCAGGUGCUGCUUGGCCUCGACUACCUCCACCGCGAGUGCGGCAUCAUCCACACCGACCUAAAGCCCGAGAACGUCCUCAUCGAGAUUGGCGACGUCGAGCAAAUCGUCAAGACAUAUGUCAAAGACGACACGAAGAAGGACAAGGACGAUAACAACAGGAAUGGCAGGCGGAGGCGGAGGACACUGAUCACUGGGAGUCAGCCGCUUCCCAGCCCGCUAAAUGCGAGCUUCAACCAGGCAGACCUCCAGCACUUCCCAGGCAUGGGAGGCCCACAGAGCCUCAACAAGGUGGUCAACGAAAACACAGACAGCGACCUUCUUACGAAAGAAGUAUCCGGCAUCAGCCUCGACAAAAACACCAACACAUCCUCAAAAUCAGAUAUAGAGCAGGCCGCCGAGGCUGCGUUCGAAACAAUCUCAGUCAAGAUUGCAGAUCUUGGAAAUGCCUGCUGGGUUGGACACCACUUCACAAACGAUAUCCAAACCAGGCAGUAUCGGUCACCAGAAGUUAUACUGGGCAGCAAAUGGGGUGCCAGUACUGAUGUUUGGAGUAUGGCCGCAAUGACCUUUGAACUAAUCACUGGCGACUACCUCUUCGACCCACAAUCCGGCACAAAGUACGGCAAAGACGACGACCACAUCGCCCAAAUCAUAGAACUUCUCGGCACCUUCCCUAAACAACUCUGCAUGUCCGGAAAAUGGUCGCAAGAAAUCUUCAACCGAAAAGGCGAGCUGCGAAACAUCCACCGAUUACGACACUGGGCGUUACCCGACGUGCUUCAUGAGAAGUACCAUUUCUCAAGCGAAGAAAGCAAGAAAAUCGGAACGUUUUUGUUACCCAUGCUCGAACUCAUGCCCGCAGAUCGCGCGAAUGCGGGAGGCAUGGCUGGACACGAGUUCUUAAAGGACACCAAGGGUAUGGAGAAUGUGGAUUUGGGCAUUCCGGUGGGCAGCAAGGGUGAAGGAAUCGAAGGCUGGGCGACGGAAGUCAAGAAGACGCGGUAG